UGAGAAGCUGGGGAAAUCAAAAGUUAUGAACACUGCUUUGAGGAGUCCUAUUUCAUCACAACUCUCCCCUGGGAAAGAGCACGAGGUCAGACAUCUAGCACUGCUCAAAUUAGGAGCUUACUUUAUAACCAGUUUUUUGGUCUCCCUUGUUAUUUUGUAGAUACUACAUUUUCUCAGCAUUUAAUGAGAUUCCAACACCCUGCUGUGUACUUUUUGAGAGAUUUAUCAUCCCACACAAAAUAGACAAGCCCUAUUUCCUGCCUUGUUGAGGAUCUACAAUCGGGACAUUACUGAGAAACUUCCGGGAGUAUUGUGAAUAGUACCUUCCAGAAUUAGAAAAUCUAGCCAGUAGGAAUAAAGGCUUCCAGGAUUGUUCAUAAUUUUAGAGAUAAUGAGUGAGUACAAGAAAAUUGUUCUUCUAAAAGGAUUAGAGCGUAUGGAAGACUACCACUUUAGGACAAUUAAGUCCUUACUAAAAAAAGAACUACACCUGUCUGAUAAUAUGCAAAAGAAUUAUGACAAAAUUCAGAUUGCUGACAAGAUGGAGGAGACAUUCCCAGAAGAUGCUGGACUCAAUAAACUGAUAGAAAUUUGUCAAGAAAUUGAUGGUCUUAGAGGUCUUGUUGAAAAUCUUAAAAAAGAGAGGGCAAAAGUUAAAAAGCCAAAUGAAGAAAAAGUAAAAACUGCUUUGAAACAAAGGAAGCAAGAGGAACCCAGUAGUUCCCAACCUCUUUCCACUGAUAAUGAACCAAACAAGAACAAGCACUCUUCAAAGAAAAAGAGUAAAACACCCACAGAAACUGAAGGUGGCAAGGAAAGGAAGCUUACACAAGAGGAGUCUCAGCUUCCAGAAGCUCCAGAAAGCAACAUACAAAAAGAUGAACAUUGUCUCCAGACUCCUCAUAAGCCUCCACCAAUACCACCUAACAGUUCCUCCAACAAGAAACAGAAAAGGAAGAGUAUCAUAAAUGAGAGUACUGUGAAGACAGAGAUUUCUCAGGAAGAACAGCAGCUUCUAGAAUUGCCAGCAACCAGCAACUCCUCAGAUGCCAGUGAACUCCACAAUCAUCAGACACCAAGGAAGAAAAACAUACCCAAGGAACCUGCUAAGGAAGAAGGUUACCAACAAGGUCCCAAAGAAGUGAUGGUUUUGAAAGUAACAGAACCAUUUACUUAUGAUUUGAUUGAUGACAAAAGGAUGUUCCAUGCCACAGUGGCGACUGAGAAUGAAUUCUUCAGAGUGAAGAUUUUUGACCCAGUUCUAGAGGAAAAGUUCAUUCCAAAUAAGAUCAUUGCCAUAUCAAAUUAUUUUGGCUCAAAAGGGUUUCUGGAAAUACACGAAGCUUCCUGUGUGUCUGAUGUAGACCCAAACAGAAUAAUGGUUAUCUCUCAAACACUGAGGCAAAAUGCCAAUACUACUCCUAAAAUUAAAGAUAUUUUCUUGAAGCCAAAGGGGACAUAUUUGAAUGGAGAGUUUGUGGUAUAUGAGAAAACUGAGAGGAAUUCCUGCAUUUACUAUGGAAUUGAAGAUGGUACAGGAAAAAUGGAAGUGGUGGUCUAUGGAAAACUGACCAGUAUAAAGUGUGAGCCAGGCCAAAAACUUGGACUUGUUUGUUUUGAAUUGUCCUCAAGUGAAGAUAAAUGGCAGCUGAAGUCUGUAAUACACAGUUUCAUGCAAGUCACCGAUGUCAAAAAGAAAGUCCCUUAAGCCUGAUUCAGAUCUGAAAACCUGGAUGCCAAGGAUACUGUUUAUGGAGAUAAGGUCCAAGUCCAGAAAAUGAAUGUAUAUAUGAACUAUUGCAAUACCAUAUCUAUGAAAGCCAGCUCCUUUUUUUUU